AUGUACAAGGCCGUCAUCCUGCCGACGUUACUAUACGGAGCAGAGACAUGGACGGUGUACACGAGACAGGCACGUCGACUGAACCACUUCCACCUCAGUUGUCUCCGUCGCAUCCUGAGGCUGAACUGGCAGGAUCGAAUCCCCGACACGGAAGUACUGGAACGAACGGGAAUCCCCAGCAUCUACGCCAUACUGAGACAAAUGCAGCUGCGCUGGUGCGGCCACCUAGUGCGCAUGGACGACGAGCGAAUACCCAAACGACACUUCUACGGAGACGUCGCGACGGGUUCUCGCCGUCAAGGAGGCCAGAUUCGCCGUUACAAUGAUACUCUGAAGUCCUCCCUGAAGCGCCUUCAAAUCAACCCGACCAACUGGGAAGAGCUCGCUCGCGAUCGUCCGACAUGGAGGAGAACAGUGAAGACGGGCGCUGCUAUCUACGAAGCCAACCGCAUCGCCGCCGCCAAAGCGAAACGCGAAGCCCGCAAAUCACAACUUCGCCCAGUCCGCAACGCCGCCGCACAACCUCCCCCUACGUGUCCUCGAUGUCAACGGACAUUCCGGGCACGAAUCGGACUUGUUGGACAUCUUCGGAUCAACUGCGCCUCUCGAACUGCUCCAACCAUCGUCCCCCCGCCCGCCUCUUCCUCGUCCUCUCUUCCGCCAACUAACUCUGACACUCCUUCUGCACCACCACUUCCAUCCUCCUCCUUCUCCUCUUCUGCCCCAGCGGCGGACGGUCAGACUGCUGUCUCACACAUCACCAACCCCGACACAAUAACCGCCACCACCCCCACCUCUCCCGAUACCACUGAUGAGGAUCAGGACUACACGUGCCCUCACUGUGACCGCACCUUCACCUCACACAUCGUCCUGGUCGGUCACUUGUGA